GCGUGCUUCUUUCCCUUUUGAAAUAUAUACAUAUACAUAGACCAUCCGCCAUCCCGCUUGUAUAAACGCGUCAGAAUGGAUCAAGAAGCUCUGAAAAGAAAAGAACGUCUUGCAGCUUUAAGAAAAAGAAAAAUAGAUGCUACACGAAUGGAUGACGGCCGCUCAACUGAAGAUGCUGAAAAAAAAUUAGUGUUUCGAAGUUACACUCCCAAAGACGAAAACCUAAAGGCACACGUAGAUAUUGCGACACCUGAUGCUAUCCAGGAAACGUUGGAAACAGCGACAAAAGAUUUGACAAAAGAGACGUUAGCUCUAGCUGAAGAAAAGCAAAAAGAAGAAGUGGAUCUCUUCAAUUUGCAACCCAAAAAACCGAAUUGGGAUUUAAAACGAGAUGUUGAAAAGAAAUUACAAAAGUUAGAACGCAAGACACAGCGAGCCAUUUACGAAAUCAUACGUCAACGAUUAGAAAAAGACGAACACGCCGAUCUAGCCGAAGUGGUGGCUAACGCUGAAGCACAACAGAAAUUUGACGCGGAAGAGGCAGCAAAAGAGGCAAACGAAAAUGACGACUAAAAAAGAUGGGCAUUGCACCAGCAACACGCACAGAGAAACAUCUGUAGCAAAAGCCAAAUUUUCUGUACAUAGUUUACGAAAUCAAUUAUAUGAACAACCCAAAGAACAUGAUUUUUUUUUUCUUUCCAAUAAAAAGAAAACUUACAAGAACCUUUUAUUUACCAUCUAAAAUGACAACGAA